AUGGAGAUCGUGUCCAGUGCAGUGUCCUCUCAACAUCUACCUCCUAACGAUCCAUUAGAACCGGCUGACCAUGACUCGGACGCCCAAACGAAUCCGACACCUGCGCCAACAACGAUUGCCACGGUCCCAAGGAGGCACACAAAAGGACUCUCUCUAAAUUUCCCCAUCCUAGUACCUACCAGUGUGUCAUACACGCAGUCUCCGACACUUGCGUCCGGAGUACAGAGCCCGAUCGAAUCCGCCAAAUCAUCCCCUCCUAUCCGCGGCGUUCCUUUCAGAGGCCCCGACCCUGCGACCGAAGCGCAGGAGAAAGCCAAGACAAGAGGAAGCGCCGAGUUCUUGACACUUCUAGCGGCCCAGGAGAGGAAGGUUCUCGAGUUGAAAGAGGAACUGCAGCGGGCAGAAGCGGAUUUGUUGGUGCUGAAGAAGCAAUGGGCAGCCUACGAAGCGAACAAGAAGAGGGACGAAGUGCGACAAGUGAAGAAGCUGCAGCCUGUGGCCCUGGGCGAUGUCAUGGGCGGCGAAGGUGUCGUUGCGGAGGACGACCUUGAUGAAGAACGAAAGCGGAAACGAGCACUGGUGGAGAGGGGCUACACGUCUCAACCGGCUGCGGCGAGUAACGCAGGAUCUAAUGGUUUGGUUAGGAAGGGGUCAAAGCGAGUAUUUGAAGGAGGUCGACAUACGAGAACCUUGAGUCUGUUGAGUCCGACCUCUUCAAAAGGCGCGCCCAAACCGGCCGACGAGACACAAAGCACGCAGGAAGACACAGUGAACGCCGACGGCGAAGACAUGAACAGACCUUCUUUCUCGAGGAUGCCGACCCUUGACGGGUUGAUAUCCGGCGAUGCCUUGCCCCUUGGAUUCGGGAAGACGUACAAAGAUCUAGCAGCACAUCGGAGAUCUCUGCCACCGGUCGCUGCAGAUAUAUUGGUUAAACAGGGAAAACAAGUAUACGAUGGAGUAAGGGAGGGUCUGUGGACCUUCUUCGAGGAUAUUCGGCAAGCUACUGUUGGAGAAGAAGGUAUCAACGGGACCGCAGCUCAGCAGCGCCCAGCAAGGCCUGCUCACAGAAAGGCCGCGAGAAAGGCUUCCGACAGACAAGGCAAACUCAGCUCAAAGGAUAGCACUGAAAUACCCGAUCCACGUCCCAUGGAACCGUCGUUCUGGAAAGAAUUUGGGCUUGAUACACCACAAAAGAACUCAACCCGACCCAAGGCCGCGGAGAAACUCAAUGGACAUGUUCAGCAGAAGAGCAGCACCGACUCUUCCAACACGCCCAGUCUGUUACCAGAUCUGAAUGACCACGAUGAAAUCGAAGAUGGCUGGGACGCCUGGGACUCCCCCGUCAGCACCCGAGGACCUCUAAUCGCUGGGAUGGAGGAAGUCCGACCAAAGCCAGAGGAUGGAGAAGCCGGCCUUCCUUGGCCGGAGCUUGACAGGAUCACUCCAAGUAAGCUCACCCGGACUGUGAGCGAUCUUAUGAAGGAGUGGGAAUCAAGUCAGGAAGACCCAACUAAGACAAGCGGGCUGGCAAAUGGGCAGAUGCACAUACUUGACAGUCCGCAUAUGUGA